CCGGUUGCCGAGCGCGGGCGCGGGGGGCGGAGCUCGGCGGAGACGGGGAAGGGGUCGCCGCGGCUCCCGCUCCUCGAGUUGGGGGCUCUCUCGGGCGCUGCUCGGCGGACGCGGAGUCCUUAGGGCGGGUGGCCGCGGUCUCCCGGCGACGCGCUCAGCUGUGGCCAGAGGCGACAUGAGUGCAGCGGGGCUGUUGGCUCCGGCUCCGGCCACGGCUGGAGCGCCGCCGGCUCCGGAGUAUUACCCGGAGGAGGACGAAGAGCUGGAGAGCGCCGAGGACGACGAGCGCAGCUGUCGGGGCCAUGAGUCGGACGAAGACACCGAGGAUGCUAGUGAAACUGACCUGGCAAAGCAUGACGAAGAAGACUAUGUAGAAAUGAAGGAACAGAUGUAUCAAGACAAACUGGCUUCUCUCAAGAGGCAGUUGCAACAACUACAGGAAGGUACAUUACAGGAAUAUCAGAAAAGAAUGAAAAAACUUGAUCAGCAGUACAAAGAGAGGAUACGAAAUGCAGAACUCUUCCUCCAGCUGGAAACCGAACAAGUGGAAAGAAAUUACAUUAAAGAAAAGAAAGCAGCAGUGAAAGAAUUUGAAGACAAGAAGGUUGAGCUGAAAGAGAACCUGAUUGCUGAGCUAGAAGAAAAGAAGAAAAUGAUUGAAAAUGAAAAGCUGACGAUGGAACUGACUGGAGAUUCUAUGGAAGUGAAACCCAUCAUGACCAGAAAGUUACGGAGGAGACCUAAUGAUCCUGUCCCAAUACCAGACAAGAGGAGGAAACCUGCUCCUGCCCAGCUAAACUAUUUGUUAACAGAUGAACAGAUCAUGGAGGAUCUGAGGACAUUAAAUAAGCUUAAGUCACCCAAGAGACCAGGUACCACAAGAGUCAAGCCAUCUAUCUGGAGUCAAAGGACAACCAGAAACUGAGCUGUGUGAUUAGCUCUGUUGGAGCCAACGAGAUCUGGGUGAGGAAGACAAGCGACAGCACAAAGAUGAGGAUCUACUUAGGCCAGCUUCAGCGUGGGCUCUUCGUUAUCCGCCGGCGGUCAGCAGCUUGACUUUCUACAGUGUUCUUUUUCCCAUGACCCUUCCAGAGUGGUUUUUGUUUUUGUUUUGUUUUCUUUUCUUUUUAAUAGAAAAUUUUUAACUUACUGGGAAUAGCUACCUGGCCUUGGAAAUGGAGAACACUGUCAUGGAUUCUCAAGGCACUUUAGUGGCUGGCCACUUUCAUCCUUUCUUUUCUGCCUCGACUUCUUCCAGACAUUAGUCAGCAUAGGCCUGUUUUAUUUUCAGGAGUAUUGGGGCUGGGGAUUUGACUUAUUUUUUUCCUUUUAUUUCUUUAUUUUUUGCUUAGACUUUGUCUUUUUUUUUUUUAGCCUGCUUUGAGUUUGAAGGGGCAGCUUUUUCCAUUCAUUAUCUUUAGGUCUUUCCACUAUGGAGAAGAACAGGAAGGGAUACAAUCUACAGGACAUUUUCCUGUUUUGAAUCUGAUUAGUGGGUCACGUAGUUACUUCUUUUGUCAAACCCAAUUCACUAUUUUCCCAGAAGCUUGGGGCAGAGGUCCUAGCAGACGGAGAUUAAUUCUCCUGGCUCUCAGCCUUCUCAGAGAAGUAAACGCCUUGUGUAAAAUUUGGUGCAUGCCUUCCAUUCCACUGGCUAAAUGAUGGAAAAAUUUGUCUGGGAGACAAGGUGCACUGAAGUAAAUGGGGUGAGGGGAGGGGACCUUUCAUGUUCAUAAUGUGCGGAAGUUACCAUAUUUAAAUGUUAUUUAAUGCAGAUGAUUUAUUCAGACACAUUUGAUUUAGCUCAAGCUGGAACAAGAAGUGGUCAUUUCAAGAAGUUUUCAUUUGUAAUUCCUUUCUUCCCCAUUCCCAAGUUGAUAGAAGUGGUAUGUGCCACAGGCUGUUUGUCUGGGUAAGCUCCAGUAGGUAGGCAGGUGAGAGUGAUAGUGCAAUAAUUAGUCAUCUGUAGACUGCCAUGCAUAAUUCAGAUUUCACUCUCGUUGCUGGUGCCAUUAUCACAUAUUCACCCUUCCAAACCUGUGGAACCUCAUUGUUAGGCAGUGAGCUGCCUAUAGACUCCCAGGCGAUGUAUAGCCCAGGUUGAAGACAAGGAAAGUGCUACUGUAACUACCACUGAACCUGCACUCUCCCUAGUGGGUCCCAUUGAAGCAGUCUUCCCUAUGUUCCCUGUUCCUUCUCCUCAUUCCCAUUUUUUAGAGAAGUGAUUCAUUGGGUGAUAGGGUUUUCUGUACUCUAGUUACCAUCUUGGGGUGUUUAAAGGUGUAAUUGCACUUAGAGCAACUGUUGACAUCUCUAUGGGCAAUCAGUUGACCUUAUACAUCCUAGGAAAUCUUUGUAAUUCCCCUGAUCUCAAGUGAGUUUCUUCUGUUGUCUCUUGAGGUACUUCCCUCAAAGCAAGUUGGGGUGCCACAAAAGGCAAGUAAAUCAUCUUUUACCAAGCUCUGGCUUCUAUAGAGCUCAAACCUUACUGACUCAGAGUAAAGGCUUGUACAGAUAGAUUUUUGUUUUAAUUUAAACGUCCCUUUUCUUUUUCUCCCUUUUUCUUCUUCCUGGUGUUAGAGUUUUAUUUAGAAAACAGGAUAAAUGAUGUUGUUAUCAAAAGUU